AUGCCAACUACGCCAUCGUUGUCUUGCAACACUUCCUCUUCCACAAAGCCUCAGCCAGUGUCUGCUAGCUCUGUUGCAGUGUCAAAUGAACCACAAUCACCGAAUUUAAUUCAACAAGCAUUAUCUUCUUUUUCUUCUUCUUCUUCAGCUUCAGCUUCAGCUUCAUCCAAAAACAUCCCAGCAGCUGUUGCAGGCCAGUUUAUAAAUACUCGCACAGCUCCCACUUUUUUGGGAUCUUCUUCCUCUUCUUCAUCUUCUCCAUCUCAAUCCCCAUCAGCACAUUCUUCUUCGCUAUCUCCAGACGACUCCAGUGCCUCUCCUCUGAUAAAUCCAAGUGAUACACACCCAUUAAACCAUCUUAAGAAUCUAGAUUCCUUGACUUCGAAUAACAACUCCCUUAUUGACGUUUCUGUCGCUUUGGACCUUUUACCACGCUCUAUUAGAAACUCUGCAAUUAAUCCUGGAUCUACAACUCCAAGUAUAUCUGCACUAUCUUCACGCAGACCCUCCUAUACUGCAGAAUUUUCCUCUAGACCCCGCCUCUUGAGUAAUAAUAAUAAUAACAAUAAGACUAGUAUUAAUCCAAAUACCAAUAUCGACGACUCUAACAGCAAUAUCGUGACUUCCACUACAUCACCAGCAACAAAUUCUACCGUUACCCCCGAAUCUCCCUCCUCUAUUAAAGCUGCUGAUACUGUGGUUUCAUCUUCUCCUGUUGCACCUUCCUCAUCUUCAUCGUCUUCUUCUUCCACUUCCUCUUCUGCGCAACCUUCUUCUUUUUCUGCCGUGUCGACAUCUCUCACUAGAGAGUUUUCCCUCACUUCAAGUAUAAACUCUGCUUCACUCACUGCUGGCAGUUCAAACUUAAACGCCACCACUGUGACUCAAAACCCUCCCUUGACUACGGCUGCAGCUUCUCAGACCCACCCAGCCACCUCAUCGGCCACUUCUUCUUCCUCUUCAGUCUCUAACUCUUCGAAUUCUUCGAACUCUUCAAACCCCUCUUCCUCUUCAUCUUCUUCCUGGUUCGGUGCUGCUCGUCGAGCAUCAGCCUUUUCACUCGGCCAGUUUUCGUCUGCAUCUUCUUCUUCUUCGUUUUCAGGAUCUCCUAUAGACACAACCAUGGCUGCCAAUGGCUUACCUAUCUCGGGCAUUUGGUCCUCUCAUCUUUCAACUGCGACUCCUUCAUCAUCAUCUUUUGAUGGUUCAUCCACUACAAGUACCACUGGUGCUAUUAAUACUAUAAGCAAUAACAAAAAUAAUAGCAUAAUCAACAACGCCACUGGCGCUCUUACCGCUGGCUCAAGCAAUAUCUUGACUUCAUCGUCGGCAUCCUCUUCUUCAUCAACAUCUUCUUCAUCGGCAUCCGCCUCCCCCCCUACUUCUACGUCUACCAAUGGCUCUUCUAACCCAGCCACAUCUAACGGUUCUGCUUGCCCUUCUAAGUCACCUGCCCUUACAUCACCUGGAUUAGUGCCUGUCCGCAAACCUUCAGCUCAAUCCCUCCACCAGUCCUCUUUUGUUCUUUCUCCGAUGUUUCUAAACAAUACUACUGGUACAUCGGCAAUCCCUGUUUCUUCUUCUUCUUCAAAUACAUCUACUACCUCCUCUGCUCCUUCUGGAACAUCCACAGUGAUUCCUCAAAGCCCAUCAUCUUUAUUGGAGACAACGAAUUCUGUAUCUCCCCCGAUGCACUUUUCUUCAGGUUCGGGAAUUGAUGCUUCUGGAGAUAGCUUAAAUGCUCUUCCAGCUUUGUCGUCUCCCGCAAGCGUUCCAAUUGGUAGUCAACGAAAUUAUAGAUCUAUAUCUUUUUCACAUCCAGAUCGUAGAUCUCUCGCAUCGCGAUCGCCCCCUAAACAGUAUCUGGCACCAUUUUAUGAAUCACAGUCGUCACCAUCAAAUAAGAGUGGCAAUAAUAAUAAUAAUAUGUCUCCGCAAACUCAAAAUAUUGCGCCGCAGGGCCAGUUUUCUGCAUUACCUUUAAAUGGUUCGCGUUUUAUGGAUUUGGGCGACCCUGCUGUUGCCGAAAUGAUUUCAAAGCUUUCUAUUGAUGAUCGAAGAAUGCUACAGUCACAAAUUUUCCAAGCUCAGCAACAACAGCACAUGCCUCCCCAAUUUAUGCACAUUCAAUCUCAGUCUGCUAUUAUGCCUCCACCUACAAAUAUAUGGGAAUCUGCAUCUAGACGUCAUUCUCUUGCAACACCAACUGACCCUCAACUGAGAUACCAGCCCCACUUUGUGUCAAAUUCGCCAGUGGCAUCCCCAUCAUCAAUGUUUGGUCGUUUCCAACACGAUUUGAAUGCUUCUCAAGACCAGCAGCAUCCUCUCGACGAAAAUGACCAAAAUCAAGAAUCUCCUCAACCUAGAAAUAUAAAGAGUAUGGGCCUUUCUUUUGCUGCUGCCGCUGCUUCUGCAGUUGCACCCCAAUCUUCAUCUACUUUAUCGCCUGGAAACGCGUCACCAUCUGCUACUAGUGCACCUCCUCCUGAGCCUAUGCGCACCGUUAGUGGACCCGUAUUGAUGGGGCCUCAUCCAAAUUCAUCUGCUGCUGCUGCUGCUGCUGCUGCUGCUGCUGCUGCAAUGAAUGUUCCCAAUGGAUCUACACCACCCCUUGACCCUUCCAUUGACGCUUACUUUAGCAAUGACUUUUUGGGUCGCAACUCUGGUGUCGAUUGGGAUGACUUGGAUAACUCUGCUGCCAUUAAUAUGAAAAAUGGGUCUGAAACAAUGUCGCCUUCUGCUUUGGCUGCUUUGAUUUCAGUUCCUAGUCGCAAGCUUUACUUGGUUCAGUUUAAGUCUGGCCGGGUAGAUGUAUUCUACAUAUCCGAGACUAGCAACUUUGAAGCCCAUGUUAAUGACUUGGUGAUUGUGGAUGCUGAUCGCGGGCGUGAUUUAGGCAAAGUGAUUAAAGAGCGAGUUCGCACUGAGGAGGCUGGUUGGCUCAAGUGGAAGCAACAUCAAGAACAACAGGCUGCCUUGCAACAGGCACCUCCUUCACCUCCUGCUAAUGGUUCUGCCGAAUCUGGGUCAUGUAUCAAUGCACCUUCGGUCGUGACACCUAAGCAAAUUAUUCGAUUUGCUCAGUAUAACGAAGUACAGCAGCUGAUGUCAAAACAAAUUGAUGAAGACAAGGCAGUAAAGAUGUGUUCAGCCAAGGUGCUUGAAAAAGGUCUUCUUAUGUCUGUUUUAGAUGCCGAGUACCAGUGGGAUCGCCGCAAACUUACGUUUUUUUACUCUGCAUCUCAUCGCAUUGACUUUAGGGAGCUGGUGCGCGACUUGUUUAGAAUUUAUAAGACGCGUAUUUGGAUGUGUGCUGUGCAUACACCUAAUGGCACCAGUCCCAGGCUCCAACAACAACAACAGCACCCGCAACAGCAACAUCAAAAUCAACAUCAACAUCAUCAACAACAACAACAACAACAACAACAACAACAAAAUCAUGGUGUACCGAUUAAUACUGGUGGUUCUGCCGCUGCUGCUGCCUUGAAGAAGGAUGAGGAUGCUAGAGCACAACUCGUUAUGCAACAGCAGCAGCAAAUUCAUAUUCAAAAUCAAAAUCAAGGUCAUCGUCAUCAUGAGCAUUCAUCGUCCGCCUCAUCUAUGGCAUCAACUGGCUUGCCCGAUAUGAUGUUGCCGCCUGAUGCGGAUAUGUCUAUGGGUCACAUUGGGCCUGGCCAGCAGCCUCCCUUGGGCAUGCCUUUUGUUGUUGUACCUAAUGGCAUGAUUGGCGGCGCUGGUGCGGGCAUUCAGAUGCAGAUGCCACGCACCUCUCCUGUUACUGGUCAAUUUUCACCAUGGAAAUCUAAUGGAGGUCUCGCGAGUAAUGGCACAAAUGGAUCUACCAAUGCUCCAUCCACUUCGUCUCCACAACAGCAACACCAGCAGCAGCAGCAACAACAACAACAACAACAACAACAGCAACAGCAACAACAGUUUUGGCCUGGGAUGGCUUCAAAUAUAAACCCUGCUGGGCUUGGGUUUAUUUAUGAUGGCUCACACAAUUUCCAGGCCCAGGCUCCUCGUAAUACCGAUUUAAUGCUUCCACAGGCACCACAGCAGCAACAGCAGCAGUCAAUGGGUGGCCCGCAAAUGUAUUCUAUGCAUUCUGUUUCCGCCAUUGGCCAACAAGUUCCUCAAAUGGGUAUGACCAUGCCUCAGGGUCCUGCUUCUUUUGAUGGUGGCAACAAUGGUGCUUCCAUUGUGGGAAACAAUAAUAAUUCUGGCAUGACCAUGACUGGUGGCCCCAAUAAUGGAAAUGUCUAUUUACGCAAUAGCAUUCCGAGCGGUGUUUUAGGUCCAUUUGGUGCACCAGUCACUGGUGCAAACACUGGCUUUGGUGGAGCUGGCGUUCCUGGCACUUCUGACGAGUCGCGACGACAAGCUGCUGGAUUCUCUUCAUUUACGACACGCUUCUACUAG